AUUAUCUCGGUAGCUUUCCCCGGUGAAGAUAUUACUUUACUCGAGUGCUUGUCCUUGGACAAUGCUUCCAUUUUCCUUUUUAUCCUUUCCAUUGAAGCUUUUCCGAUAUUUGUAAACUUUUGGCCGCUAUUGGUGCAUGUUCUUUAGAUAUAUACCAAGUGUAUAGGUAUAGUGGUACAGUUUUGAAUCCAACAUUAUGGCGCUCGGUAUGUUUUUCUAUUAGCACAAUGUUAUCCAUCUUCACAUUUCUACAGCCACGGCGGCGUACACCCUAGUCGCAUCUCUCCAAGUUCACAAACAAAUCACCCUCCACGAUCAAUGACUGUAGAAAGGGGUUUCUUAAUGGUUAAACAGAUACUAAUAAUGAACAGCAACGGCAGUCGCGGCAGGUACCACCGCUGCGGCGAUGUAUCUUGAUGGCAGAUAUUCUAUAACAAAAGAUCUAAACGAUAAACUAAAAAUGAGAAGGGCGACGAAAUUAAUCGCAGAAGCUGGUAAGUCUCACCACUAAACCAUGUUGUUCGCCUCUAAACAUACCCAUGUAGAGAAGAACAACAGAUUAUGUCUAUAUUAUCUUUUCGAGGACAGUGUCAAAGCCCACCCAAAUACAGAAUGUAUAUGGUCUCGUGAAGGAUGUUACACCUGGGCAGAAUCCUACGAUCGAGUAAACCAAUAUGGACAAUGGUAUCUUUCUCAAGGUGUGAAGCCAGGCGAUCUAGUGGCAUUUUAUCUUCAGAAUUCUCCGGACUUUUUGUUUGCAUGGUUGGGAUUAUGGUCGAUUGGAGCUGCUCCGGCUAUGAUUAACCACAAUUUGGCUGGGAAAGCUUUGAUUCAUUGCGUCAAGGUUCCGAGUGCAAAACUCAUUUUGGUCGACGAUGACGAGGAAUUGAAAGCUAGGAUUGAAGAGGAGAAAGAGACGUUGGAGGGAGAGCUUGGGAUUAAGAUUCUGGUUAUGGAUUCUUCUGUGCGGUCGGAAAUUCGAAGUACAAAGACCGAUAGACCUGAUGAUGUCUAUAGAGAAGGAGUUAAAGCAAAGUCGCCUUUGGGAUUGUUAUAUACUAGGUUGGUAUUUUACGCUGGCUGGAGAAUCUGAUAGCUAAUCUAUCUCAAGUGGAACUACAGGGUUACCGAAAGGAUGUACUUUUCAUGUUGUAAGAGGUUAUAUGGCGGGUAUUUCGGUGAGUUUGGCAUUUAAAGAUGAGCAUUGCGAGGGUUACUGACAAUGUUUUAGAGAGCAGCUGGUCUCUCCCCAGUAAGAGAUGACGAUCGAUGGUACAAUUGUAUGCCUCUGUAUCACGGUACGGGCGGUAUUACAGCCGUAUCCAACAUAAUGAGUGGCGUAACCAAUUGCAUCGGCAAGAAAUUCAGCACCUCCAAAUUCUGGGGAGAUAUAAGAGAUUCAAGAGCUACAUGGUUCACAUACGUUGGGGAAACGGCUCGAUAUCUGCUCGCUGCACCCCCUUCUCCUCAAGAUAAAGAUCAUUGCGUGCGUGUCAUGUAUGGAAAUGGUAUGCGUCCUGAUGUAUGGUAUAAAUUCAAGAAUCGAUUUGGGGUACCGGAGGUUAUAGAAUUUUUCAACAGUACCGAAGGAGUAUUCACUCUCACAAAUCACGCGCGUGGAGACUACUUAGCCACCGCUGUUGGACACCAUGGACUUAUCUCCAGAUGGCAGUUUCGCGAUCUUUAUAUUCCCGUCAAGGUGGAUGAUGUUACUGGUGGCAUUGCUCGAGAUCCAAAGACUGGGUUCGCUAUUCGGGAAACAUUUGAGAAAGGUGGUGAGAUCAUCGUUGCGGUUCCUGAUACAAAUGUAUUUGCAGGCUAUUUCAACAAUCCCGACGCGACGGAUAAAAAAUAUGAGAGAGAUGUGUUUAAAAAAGGAGAUCUUUAUUAUAGAACUGGAGAUGCUUUAAGGAGAGAUAAAGAUGGGAGAUGGUAUUUCUUGGAUCGAUUGGGAGAUACGUUCCGUUGGAAGGGAGAAAAUGUCAGUACGGCCGAGGUUGCAGAGGUUUUAGGAAAAUACGAUGGAGUUGUGGAAGCUAUCGUUUAUGGUGUUCAAUUACCAUCUCACGAUGGUCGAGCCGGUUGCGCAGCAGUAUUCAUCGAUCCAAGCAUUACCAAUUUCGAUUUUGCCGGUCUUCUCAAGUAAGUAUUUCACGAUCUUUAGAUUUACAGACUCCGCCAAUCAUCCCAUUCUGCAUAACACGGAAACCCAAGCUAACAAAUUCAAGACAUACACGCAAACAUCUACCCAAAUACGCCGUUCCGAUCUUCCUCCGUAUAGUCAAGGAAAUGGUUCCCAUUCAUAAUAAUAAACAGAAUAAAACACCGCUGCGUGAACAAGGUGUUGAGCAUGAAAAGGUUAAGGAGGAGGAUAAGUUGUUGUGGAUAGAAGAGAAAGGGAAGGGAAAUACAUAUGUGGAAUUUCAUCGGGAUCAUUGGACGGAUUUGGAACUUGGGAAGGCGAGAUUGUGAUGUUUGGAUGUUGGAUGCUUGUGUGUGGUUAUGGGUGUGGUUGCUUGGUUGGAUAUGACGGGUUUGUGAUAUAUCUAUAUGUGUGUAUGUGUGCGUGAGAAGGUGUAAGUUCCUAUAUAGAAGGUUAUAUAUAUACUCAUGGAAAAACAUUCCGAAUUACUAUAUUUCAUCUA